CGACUGAACUUUAUACAGGCAAGACAAAACAUGAAGAACAGCUGAUGUGACGAUCCACAUAUCUGUGUGUGCGCUCUAAUCUAACCACAGAAAUCUGUCACACUGGUUCAUUAUUACAUCUGUUGAAGGAUCUCAGUCUGUGUCAUGAACCAUUUCAACUGAGCUGAUCUGCAGCAGUGUUUAUAAGAGCGGCUGGUGUUCUUUAAGAAGUGCAGGAUACUGUGUGUGAUUUAAUGACUAAACUCCAUCAUUUAUCUUUCUGUUUUACAGAUAUCUCAUGCAUUUAUGAUCUGAUUCGGCCUCAAACAUCCUGUCAACAACCUGGGCUUCCUGACGUCGAGGCCAUGUUCAGAGAGUUUUGGGUUUCAGACCUGACGACUGAACUGAAGAUUGAAGCUGAUGAGCCUGAAGAACACUCUCCUCUGGGCCUUCCUAAUUUAGGCAACACGUGCUACAUGAACUCAGUCCUGCAGUGCCUCCUGAGUAUUCCCCCCUUCCAGCACGAUGUGUUUCUCAGCCAGGAGGUGUGGAGAGAUGAAGACAUGCUGCUCAGGUACAGAGAAUAAAACAUGUUCUGGUUUU